CCUGCGCUGCUGAGAGUCCUGCCGGCUGAGGUGGGAGCGUCGUCCCUCCUUAAGAGCCUCAGUCUCGGGUUAACGAGGCAGUGCAGCGGCUGAGAGCGGAACCGUGCUGGUGUGAGUGUGAGUGUCGGUUGAAGACAUCCAUCGUUUGGAGCGGAACGGAACGGAACGGAACGGACGGCAGUUUCGACACAUCUAACGGUCACCGCCAUCUGCGCAUUCCUGAAGUCGAUCGACCGUCGAGUUGGCAAAGAUGUUUCAGAUAAAGAGGAUCUGUUGCAUUGGUGCUGGGUACGUAGGAGGCCCGACGUGCAGCGUGAUCGCGCACAUGUGUCCGGAGAUCACGGUGACCGUCGUGGACGUCAACGAGUCCCGCAUCAAAGCCUGGAACUCGGACACCCUGCCCAUAUAUGAGCCGGGUCUGAAAGAUGUGGUUGAAUCAUGCAGGGGGAGAAAUCUGUUUUUCUCUACGGACAUAGACUCAGCCAUCAGGGACGCGGAUCUUGUCUUCAUCUCUGUCAACACCCCGACCAAGACUUACGGGAUGGGGAAGGGUCGUGCGGCCGACCUGAAGUUCAUUGAGGCGUGCGCUCGGCGGAUUGUGGAGGUGUCCGACGGCUACAAGAUUGUCACAGAGAAGAGCACGGUCCCGGUCCGAGCUGCCGAGAGCAUCAGACGGAUAUUCGAUGCCAACACCAAGCCCAGCCUCAACCUACAAGUGCUGUCCAACCCAGAAUUCCUUGCGGAGGGAACAGCGGUGCGGGAUCUGAAGGAGCCGGACCGCGUCCUGAUAGGCGGAGACGAAACGGCCGAAGGUCAAAGGGCGAUCCGAGCGCUGUGUGCCGUCUAUGAGCACUGGGUCUCCAAAGAUCGCAUCAUCACCACCAACACGUGGUCAUCUGAGCUGUCCAAACUGGCAGCCAAUGCAUUCCUGGCACAGCGGAUCAGCAGCAUCAACAGCAUCAGCGCCCUCUGUGAGGCCACCGGGGCCGACGUGGAGGAGGUCGCCAAAGCCAUCGGGAUGGACCAGAGGAUAGGCAGCAAGUUUCUCAAAGCCAGCAUCGGUUUUGGUGGAAGCUGUUUCCAGAAGGACGUGCUGAAUUUGGUUUACCUGUGCGAGGCCCUCAACCUGCCUGAGGUAGCCUCCUACUGGCAGCAGGUGAUCGACAUGAAUGAGUACCAAAGGCGGCGGUUUGCCUGCAGGAUCAUCGACUGCCUCUUCAACACCGUCACCGGGAAAAAGAUCGCUCUGCUGGGCUUCUCCUUCAAAAAAGACACCGGCGACACAAGGGAGUCAUCCAGCAUCUACAUCUCCAAGUAUCUGAUGGAUGAGGGAGCCAAGCUGUUCAUCUACGACCCCAAAGUCCUCAAGGAACAAAUCAUUCAUGACCUCUCCCAGCCACACAUCUCAGAAGACAACCCUGAGAGAGUGUCCGAGCUGGUGACUGUGACCUCUGACCCUUUUGAGGCCUGCCAGGGUGCACAUGCACUGGUCAUCUGCACCGAAUGGGACAUGUUUAAGGAGCUGGACUACGAGAAGAUCUACAAGAAGAUGCUGAAGCCGGCCUUCAUAUUCGACGGCCGCAGAGUGCUGGACCACCUCCACUCUCACCUCCAGAACAUCGGCUUCCAGAUCGAGACCAUCGGUAAGAAAGUGACGGCGACACGAAUCCCCUACACCCCGGCAGCCGUCGGCCCUCGCAUCGCUGCCAGCGAACCUCCGGCCAAGAAAGCCAAAGUCUAGACACACACACACACACACACACACACACACACACACACACACACACACACACACACACACACACACACACACACACACACACACACACACACACACACACACACACACACACACACACACACACACACACCAUUCCUCUCUCAACCGUUUUAUUGCUGGGGAAACAAUUAAUUCAGGCCCAAGCCCACUCUGUGGUUGGUACACGCCUAAGGAUCAAAAGGGCCAGAGCAGCGUGAGUUACUGCUGCCCUGAAGUAGGUCUGAGAGGAAAAAGUAAAGCCUUCAGGCCAAAGCUUUGUGAAUGUGAUCAAGUUAUUGGAAGAAAAUCUCAAACAGCAUUUUCUUUUUUUUAACCGAACAAUUCAGAUGAAGUCAUACAUGCACCUCCGAUUUGAAUUGUAUACUAUUAGCCAGAGUCUUCUUUCUUACAGUAUCACUUUUUAAAUCAAGUAUUGUUGCUUAAUUGCAAAACAAAUUUUUAUACGGUUUUAAAAAAAUAUUUUUAUAAAUCAUUACACUGUAUGUCAGUCAGUGUUUGUCCUCUGUAUAAGUGACUUCAUAAUACAAAACGGCGAUGCAAUAAAAUGUGACGGGUGUCCUAUUUCCUGUUUAUUAUUCCAACUCCAAAAAA